CUGGCUGGCCGAUAAUUGUGUAUCGAUAAGUGUAGUUAAAUAUUCAUUGGCAUUUAGGCGUCUUACAAUUAGAACAUUAUAUACACAUUUCACAAUUGUUGGUGGACGGACAUGAGUGAUAUGGUGCCAUCGUUGCCAUUUCCCAUGCAUCCCAAAAUGCAAGAGGAUCAGGCGCUGGCAUUUUCGGCCAAAGAGGACGAAGAGGAGCGACGUCACAUACAGAAGGUGCAGAAUGCCUUUCAGUACUACAGACGCUAUGCCUAUUUGAGGCUUAAUAAAAAGGAGGAUUAUCUGCUUAGCUUGUCCGCUGACGAUCAACGAUUGCUUUCAAAAUAUCGAACGCAUUUGGAUAUCGUUCGUCAUUGUAUCGACUGCAAUCAGACUGUGAUUCGUGAAAUUCUACGUGAUCGUGUGCUCUAUCCGCCUGGCGGCGAUUCUGAGCAUCAAAAUGAUGAGGCGCCCGCUCACGUGCGUCACGGCGACAUGGAUCAAACUAAUUUGCUUGUUGAUGGUGAUGAUGAUGAUGAUGUUGUUGAACCUCUCAAAAUUUUAAAGGCUCAGUCAACAUUGAAACUGAUUGCACGAGACUGGAGCGCCGAAUGCGCUAUUGAACGUGAGCAAUCGUAUAAACCGAUUAUCGAUAGCAUCGAGGAGUAUUUUAAGCCAAGCGAUUACAAAUUGAAUGAGAUUAAGAUUUUGGUGCCUGGAGCUGGUCUGGGAAGGCUUACCUAUGAGCUGGCCUGUCGCGGUUACGCCUGUGAGGGCAAUGAGUUCUCCUAUUUCAUGCUGAUUGCAUCCAAUUUUGUGCUCAAUCUCUGCGAUUAUGAGAACAAACAUGUUCUUUAUCCUUGGGUCCAUCAAUAUGUCAAUAAUAUGCGACGGGCCGAUCAAGUGGCAGCCGUUAGAUUUCCCGACGUUUGUCCUGUGCGAAAUCCACCCAAGGGCAAUAUUGAGAUGGCAGCGGGAGAUUUCUUGGAGGUGUAUAAAACUCCAGAUUCAUAUAAUUGUGUUGCCACCUGUUUCUUUAUCGAUUGCGCCAACAAUGUCAUCGACUUUAUACGCACCAUUUACAAAAUUCUUGUGCCCGGCGGAAUUUGGGUAAAUCUCGGACCUUUGCUGUAUCAUUAUAGCGAUGUGAAUGGUCAUAAUAGCAUUGAGCCCACAUAUGAGGAUCUCAUCAUCAUUAUGGAGAGCAUUGGCUUUGAUAUAUUGACAUCACGCACCGGCAUUCGCACCAAAUAUGCACAGAAUCCGCAAUCGAUGAAGCAGAGUGAAUAUCAAAGCCUUUUUUGGGUCUGUCGCAAGCCGCCCAACAAUUUUGAGCAACAACGUAAUCAACAGGAGCCUCCCGAUUUGAUAAUGCAUCAGAAUGAUGUUGAUUUCGAACCGGAAACGGAAACGGAGCCAGAGGUGGAACAUGAGAUUGAGACGGAGAUUGAGACUGAUGACGAUCCAAAGCAAACGUGAUAUCAUAUUAACAUGUAAAGAAUAGACAAACAACAUCAACAACAAUACCUUCAGUUCCAUAUCCAAACUACCCACCGUGUCCUGAAACUACAUACAUAAACACACAUACAUAUAUAUAUAUAUACUGCAACUAUAUAGUACUAAAGGCGCCAAAUAAUACGAAUUUAAAGUGCAGGACAAACUUAAAGCAGACUAAGUUGGAGUUGGAGCUCUUGACAGCAAUGGAAUCAUAUGAAUCCUGGACAGCAAUAUGAUUAUAAAUUUAUCCUUAAAACAAUCUAUUUCUCACUUCAAUUGUAUUCCUUAAUAUUACAUUGUUUGGAGUAGAAGACCUGACACACAUUAAACAUUUUUUUGUUAAAGAAAAAAAGGAUAGAAUAUACGUGUAUAUCUUUAUAUUAAGAAAA